GAAGGGCACUACGUCACCUCCUCUCCUCUUCCUGUUUAUUUUCCGUCACCAGCACUCGUACAUGUUAUUGUACCAGCAGCACACUGAAUGAAAUGUUUCUGCAGCCUAUCUAACCGUCUCUUGUUUACGUACGGAAAAAUUGGAACAAGCAGCAAAUUUCCAAAAUGGGAUUCUACUGAAACGAGCUGUAGCUGAUGGCAGGUAGUCUGCCAGCAUGCUGCAUCUUUUUACACAGACAUUAAGCAUCAUCCUUUUGCCUGAAUAACUUACAGUUCUCCACUUCAGUGCAGAGUGAGCCAGCAAACGCAUGUCGCGAAUCAGGACCACGCUCGACAGCGUCACCAAGGCCGUAGGCAGCACAGACCUCAUCUCCAAGUUUUCCCGCUUCAAGCCUGGCAGUGCCACAGUCGACAGCACCCAUGUGGAAAAGGCUCUGGUCAAAGCAGAGACCUUAGCCUCUAACAACACGGCUACCGCCUCGCCACCCGAAACCACCAUGAAAGAAGAAGAAGAAGGCGAGAGGAGCACAGCAGCGGAGGAGUCAGACAAGCAACGCCAGCAAGUUACAGAAAAUCCGUUUGUCGCCACAAAGAAGUCCACAUCCGGUUCAGCUUCUGCAACAAAUGCGUCUGCUCCGAGCUCUUCCUCGAACGUGGCGAAACAAACUAUGCAGCUGUUUCACCCCGCAGGUUUGUCCACUAACAUGGAUGAGACCUACAAAACUCUGGCUCAGCACAUCAAUAGUUACUUUGGUACCAGCACACCAGUGGAAGAAGGAGACAACAGGCCGCCGCCGCCGCAGCAGCACGGAGGAGGGGAGGAUCCUGUUUCUGAGCCCAUUCUCAGCGCUGUGCCUCAAACGACUCGCAACCACAUUCCUGUUUUGUCCCCAGUGGCUGAGGCUAAAAGUAUUGAAGCACCCACUACCUCUCCACCUUCUCCGUCUCCAUCAGAAAAGCUUAGUCCUCCAGUAGGGACCCCCUCUUCUGACAUCCCUGCACCUGAAAGUGCAGCUCAGUCCAUUCCCGCGCCUGCUACCUCCCCUAAAAAAGGCUUCACCCACUAUCUUUCCUACCCUCGGCCCAGCGUUCAGGCGUUUGUUGGCAGCUACAUCGCACCCCUGGUCCCCAAAUUCAGGGGUGACUCCAAAAGCAUCGCAGCUGAAAAAGAGAAGUCUUCGGCAGUCGCUGUGGAAGAGCCCGCUGUGGACACGGCAGGAGAGAAGACAGAGAGUGAAGAGGAGAAAGUGAAACGACAGCUAUUAAGUCAAAGAGAGAAGAUAAUAGCCAGGGUGAGUGUAGACAACAGGACCAGAGCCCUAGUUAAAGGCCUGCAGAGAGUCACUGAUGUCAAGCUCCUCACCACUCGAGUGGAGGAGCUCAGCUGUCAUCUCCUGGAGUUCCCAGAGACGCGAGGAGUAGCUGUAAAGGAGAGAGUGCUGCCCUGCCUGCUGCGUUUGCGCCAGGCCAGAGACCUUCCUCUUCAGUCUGCUGUGAGAGAAGCACUGGCCCUGGUUGGCUACACCGAACCGGUCAAAGGCAGAGGAAUUCGGGUUCUGGCCAUAGAUGGAGGCGGGACAAGGGGACUGCUGGCUCUGCAGACUCUCCAUAAACUUCAGAAUCUGACAGGCAAACGUAUCCACCAACUGUUCGACUACAUCUGUGGAGUCAGCACAGGUGCCAUUUUGGCCUUCAUGCUGGGAAUUUUCCAGAUCCCUUUAGAGGAGUGCGAGGAGAUGUACAGGAAGCUGGGAGCGGACGUCUUCAAGCAGAACGUCAUUGUUGGAACUGUCAAAAUGGGCUGGAGCCAUGCUUUCUAUGACAGCGAAAUAUGGGAAAACAUCCUCAAGGAAAGGAUGGGGGAGGGGCAUAUGAUUGAGAGUGCCAGGGACCCAAACUGCCCUAAAGUGUCAGCAGUGAGCGCCAUUGUGAACAGGGGUUUACCUCUGAAGGCCUUCGUGUUCAGAAACUACAGACUAAUGCCAGGAGUGAGAUCCCACUACCUUGGAGACUGCAAACACAAAAUGUGGCAGGCUAUCAGGGCCUCGUCUGCCGCCCCGGGCUACUUCAAGGAAUAUGUCCUGGGAAAAGACCUCCAUCAGGAUGGAGGACUCCUAAUCAACAACCCCACAGCAUUGGCCAUCCACGAGUGUAAAAGUCUGUGGCCUAACACGCCACUGCAGUGCGUGUUGUCUCUCGGCACUGGGCGGUACGAGACGGCGGGCAAGAACAGCACGACCUACACGAGCCUCAAGGCCAAGCUCACCAACGUCAUCAGCAGUGCCACCGAUACAGAGGAGGUGCACACCAUGCUGGACGCUCUCCUGCCCCCCGACACCUACUUCCGCUUCAACCCCUACAUGAGCGAGGACAUCCCGCUAAACGAGAACCGCACGGAGAAGCUGAACUUCCUCAAGAGCGAGGGGGAGCGCUACUUGGAGCGCAACGAGGCCAAGCUGAGAAAGGCGGCUAGCGUGCUGGGCCAGGAGAAGAGCACCAUCCAGAGACUGGCUGAGUGGGGCAAGCUCAAGGCCGACAUGUACGAAGGUCUCCCCUUCGUCUCCAAGCUGUAGUCACUGGUCUGGCAACAGUGUGACGACCAGAGAGAGUUUAAGGUAAGAGGACACGGAGUGUAAAGACUGUCAUAACUGAUUGUGACUAACUUAACUGUUGAAAAGGAAAAGGGAGCAAACUGGACACUUUUUUUAAGCAUCCAGAGAGGAAUUUUGGAGUAAAAAAACAAAUAAUGCACUUGGUUUGAUUAUGUACCUAACCCUAAAGGACUGUUUGAGAAAUUAAAACUAUGAUUAUUUAUUAAAAAAGACAAUACAGUAAAUAAUAGUGUAGAAUUACAAAUGUGAUGUAAUUUGUUCUUUGUGGCACAGAAUGAGUCUAUGAUGGAGACAGAAUAAUAUUAAUUCACUAGACUCAGACAGCGGAAAUACUGUAUGUGUACGGAAGUUCAUUAAUAUAUGAAUUAUAAGCUGGCUAAAAGAGUUGGUUGGAUGAAUGCACAAAAACAGUAAUGCGGCACCAUGUUAUGGAACAUUAAUGGUUAUAUAAUAACUAGUUAUUUUGUAAAGAAAUAAUGUAAGACUGACUGUAAGACUUGUCAGUAACUUGAAUAUAUUAAAAUGAAUACGUGAUUGCACAAUGAGAAUAUAAACUUGACUGCCUAUUUCUAACACUGUACAGAAGAAAGACCUCAUGCACUUUGUAAAAUGUCAUUCUUAACCAAGAAAAUGUAGAUAGUAUUUGAAGUAAUUCUGAGUUACUUGAGUGCUCUUGCAAGAAUUUAAAAAUAUGACAAAAUAAAUACUGCUGAUGCUUAAAUUUCCUUUCCUGUAUUGGCACAUACAGCCACCCUGACAUCCCUUCUGACACUAAUGACAAAGUAUCAGAAUGUGUGUUUUCCUAUUGGUAACAAAGCAUGUUCUCCAUUGUGGCCCAGUAUUCAGUAUGAAUCUUUUGCCUUUAACCUCACUCAAGCCUGAAAUCCUUAGCCGUGGCCAUUGUUGUCUCACACUUUAUAGAUUUGACACACUUUUUACAUUGUCAGACUCCUAAUUGCCCUGAUACCCCCCCCUCCCCCUGCUUUGUGGAAUGCUAAAAAAUGUAAUGAAAAAAUAAAAC